ACAUCAUUUUGGCCACCAUCUUCUUCUCUCUAUCUUUCACAUGUGCUAUGGCUCUCAUACAGACGACCAGAAUCCGGGUCGGGUCGCCGGCCACGGCCGUGGCCGCGCACUUGUUCGGUGUGAUUGCAGUCAUCCUCAUGCUUGUGUGGGUGUUUCACUACCGUGGGGGCAUUGAUCUUGACUCUCAAGAUUCAGAACGUGUUUUCAAUGUACACCCAUUCCUCAUGAUUUUUGGAUUUAUUUUUGUCAUAGGAGAAGCGUUGAUAGCCUACAAGACGAUCCCCGCCGACCACGUGGGCCAAAAAACAUGUCACUCCAUCCUCAACUUGAUUGCCUUCAUCAUAGGGGUUAUUGGAAUCUAUGCUGUCUUCAAGUAUCACGAUCGGGCCCAAAUAUCAGACAUGUACACCUUGCAUUCAUGGCUAGGAAUAACUACCAUCUGCUUAUUUGGAUUACAGUGGGUGUUUGGGUUCCUCAGCUUCUGGUUGCCAGUAACUCGAGGCUCAGCAAGGGCUAGGAUCGCUCCAUGGCACGCCUCAUUCGGUGUCUGUAUCUUCGUGAUGGCGAUCUGUACGGCUGAGAUGGGGUUGGCGGAAAAAUUCAUAUUUUCUGGGCUAACGGGUGGAAAUCAGGCCAACGUGAUAAACGCCACAGGAUACAUGAUCUUCCUCUUUGCGGUCUCCGUAAUCCUAACCGUUGUUUGAUGUGAUGAUCUGACCGUUAGUGUCGCUUCCACACAUAUAUAUUUUUUAAUUUAUAUUUUUGAGAAAUGAUAAGAAUAUCUGGUCCGUUCAUCAGUAAGGCCCAUCAUGAAUGUGAUACGUGCCCAUGCUGUGUGCGUGCGUGUGGAUUUCAAUAGGGUUGGUUUCUUUGUUCAGUAACGAUUAUUGUCUAUUUACAUGUUGAAAUUCUUGUUUUUCUUUUGAGCUACUACAGUAAACUUUGAUUGGAGUGGUGACUUUAA